AAACAAAAAGUGAGACUGUGACAAGGACAAGCAAUAAUACCGCCUUCUCUGCUACUCCUACUGAAAGUUCCAUAAGUGCAUCUCGUUCGGUCGUUUGGCCCCUCCCCCGUUUCAUCUCUAUAUUAUUGUACCUCUAUGGGGCGAACAAAUGGUUUCAAUUUACGUCAAACGGAACGUCGUAAAGGCGUCAACUAACGUCAUGUCAUUUUUUAUUCUUUAUCUGUACCGCCCGCCAUUUCUAUUUUAGUCGUGGUCCUACAAUGCCGGCUUCCUAUUUCUAUUACUUUUCUGAUAAGAACUGUGCUAUAUCAAGUCAGAACUAGCACACGAGUACAAUUCUCAUUGUUUUUUAUAUUCUACGUUACCUGAUAUCGGUUGAACAGGUAACAACCCGGAAAAAUGAAGCAGAUAUACAAAUACGGCCUCAGCCUGCUCUUGGCGUUAGCUGCAUACGCGACUGCCUCGAAAUUCAUCUUUGACAAGGUGUUUGAUACAACAGAAAUAGUAAUUGAUGAGCUAUUCCACAUCCCGCAAGGCGUGGCGUAUUGUGAACGGAAUUUUACACACUGGGACCCGAAGAUCACGACACUGCCAGGCCUGUAUUUAGUGUCUGCUGCCUUCCUUGGAACAUACUUACCCUGCGACACAUACCAUCUACGACUAGUCAACCUAAUCGCUUCAUGUGUAAAUCUGCUGCUAUUUUCCUCAAUAUUAAAGUUUGUUUACGGUAGCAACACUGAAAGCCAAUUUAAAAUAGUGUUGCAAGCAUUUAAUUUAGCUAUACUUCCGCCUCUGUAUUUCUUUUCACAUGUGUAUUAUACCGAUACUCUGUCACUUACGUUUCUGUUGGCGUUUUCUCGGUUAUGUUUCACGAGUCAACAUAAAUUAUUCAUUUUACUCUUCGGUUUGUGCAGUGUUUUGAUGCGGCAGACGAAUAUAGUCUUCAUAGCAAUGGUGUUAGGUCACAAAGUGCUAGAUAUUAUGAUUAAGAGCUCAAGAGUAUUCGGCAAUAAGUAUUUAACCAAAACUUUGUUGAAUAAGAAUUCUGUAAUAGCUCGGGAUGUUGACGCUUCGAAGUUGAAACGGUAUUAUAGUAUGAACGAUGUGUUUCUGGCAUUAGGUUACCAUAUAACAACAUGUUUUGGCACCUUUUUCAAGUUCCUAACAAAACAAGACUGGUUAAUAAUACUUACACACAGCGUAACUCUAAUUUCGUUUGUAAGCUUCGUUUAUAAAAAUGGUUCUAUAGUUGUUGGCGAUAAAAACGCUCAUGAGGCUAGCCUGCAUUUACCUCAAAUGCUAUAUUUCCUCAUAUUCUACGGAAUCUUUGGAUUACCCUAUCUUGUAGCUAAAUUACCAUCAACUUUAAGACUUAUGGCGAGGAAUAAAACUAAGAUAGUACUAUUCUGCAUUCUUUUUACUAUAAUAGUACAUUUUAAUACUGUAACACACCCAUACUUACUUGCUGAUAAUCGUCAUUAUACAUUUUACGUAUGGAAUAGAUGGUUCGGGAAAUAUGCAUUUGCAAAAUAUGCGACUAUUCCCGCUUAUAUAUUCCUUCUUUUCAGUUUGUACGAUAAUUUAAAGGACCAGAAUUGUAUUUCUUUUCUUUUGCCAUAUACUAUUAGUUUAUUCUUAGUGCUAGCAUUACAGAAAAUGAUUGAAAUUAGAUAUUUCUUAGUCCCAUACAUAGUUUUACGAUUAAGAUUUAUAAGACCUACAUAUAAAAUCGUUAUAUUUGAAUUUGUAUGGUAUUUGAUUAUUAAUGUUGUUACAUUCAAUUUGUUUUUCCAAAAGGAGAUAAUGUGGAAAGAUUUUGAUUAUGCACAGAGAAUAAUAUGGUAAAUACUUAAGUAUAGAUAUACAUAUUUGAAUUUAUUUCUUUAUCUCCAAUACGCCUUACAUUUUUAUUUUAUGUCAUGUUGGCUGUAUACACUCGUCGAAGUCUCGGCACCGCUCCGAUCGAAUCGGAGAACGGCGAGACGAGACAAGGAAAAGCGAGAAGGGAGCAGCAUGUACACACUCGUUCUCUGCCUGUGUCGGGUCUCGACGAGUGUGUACAGCCCGCAUUAAAUGAGUGGUUUAGGUACACACUGAUACUUCUGUAUUUAGUUUUCCAAAAAAUGUAGUUGACAUUUUAAUUUAAGAUUUUUUAAUACAAUUAAAGUAUACAAUAUGUUACAUAAAAGGGUGUAAAGGGAGGUAUUUUUCAAAAAACUUCAAUAAUACUAUGAUAUGAGACACACUUAUAAAAACUUCAUUUAAGUAUUGAUAACGUGAAGUAGCAUGAUGCUAUAGCUAAGUAAUCUGUGUAAGUAAAUAUAGUCUGUCAAGCCAUUUCCGUCACUAGAAAACAGCGACAAAUUUAAAAAAUCUUGGGUUGUCCUAUAGCAAAUUUGAAUUUCGCGCCUUUUUCUACUGACAAUCUUGUUUGACCGGCUAUAAAUAAAAUACUCUUUUUUGGCACACCUCGGUUAAAGAAAAACAAAUUACACGUAAGUAUAUGGGAGUUUUCGGAAAAAAAAGUACGUACCGUUUACUUUUUUCGAAAAAUUAACUUUUGGGCUAUUUCGACUCAGUAUCAAGGCCUACCUACUAAUAAAAUUAAAAAAACUGGUUCCAGUUUUCCAUACACGUUUUUUUGUGACGGUUUUUGUGAAAUGGCGUCACAAUACUGCCAAAAAAAAUUCGAAAACUAAAAAUUUGUUUUCUUUGUGUAAUUUUAUUAUACAUAGUAAUUAUAAUUAUAACAUGCGGCUUGGCUAUUGACAUAUAUUAUAAUUUUCAAAAUAAUUUUAAUUAACUAGUCUUAUAAUUAAUUUCGCUUAUGUCAGUGUCCCAAAGAUUGUUAAAAAUCAUUAAACAUAAAUUAAAUGGCCUUAACUCAUAUAAUUAUUACGAUAUGUGCUAGUCUGAUUUUAAGUGUAUGUUCCUCGCAACUUGAACCACUCGCUUUGCUCAUGGUCGGAUUGGAAACCUCGAUCAUUCAACUUUUAAUAAAGUCUGUCAUGCCAUUUCCGUCAGUGGAAAAAAGAGGCAAAUUUAAAAAAUGUAUGCGCGAAGGGUAGUCGUCCCAUACUUCUCUAUUUUUCUACUGACGAAAUUUGUUUGACCGGCUAUAAGCACGCAAAAUAACUAUUGUUUCGAUAGUUAUAUUAUAAGUAUUGCAAUGAUGGGCCACACACAAAAGUUAGUGUAUAAACAUUAAACUUACCGUAAUCAGGCGUGGCUCACUACGCGAUUU